AUGGACAAAAACAUUAACAUCACCAACACCGAAAAGAGAAUCUCGGCUAAUGGAUUCCCAUUGCCAAAACGACUCUCGACCGCACUUGCCAACGGUGCUGUAACAACAGCAACAGCCCAAGGGGACUCGACCGCAGUCUCUUUCCCCAUACCUCUGUCGCCCACAACGCCCUCUACGCCCCUGCACCCUCGCAAGAAAUAUAUCAUCGGCGUCUGUGCUAUGGAUGACAAGGCCCGUUCGAAGCCCAUGCGGAAUAUCCUUGACCGGUUGCUGAAAAAUGGGCCUUUUGAGGCCAUCAUCUUUGGCGACAAGUGUAUCCUCGACGAAGAUGUCCGAGCAUGGCCUGCAUGUGAUUUCUUCAUUUGUUUCUUCUCCAAGGGCUUCCCUCUCGAGAAAGCCAUCGAGUAUGUCAAGCUCAGAGCACCUCUCUGCGUCAACGAGGUCGAUCUCCAGGCACUCUUGUGGGAUCGCCGGUUGGUUCUCGAGAUUCUGGAGCAGAUUGGUGUGCCCACCCCAAGACGCUUGACCAUGGAUCGGGACGGUGGGCCCCAUAUUGAGCGAUCGGUCAUCCAAAAGCUCAAAUUGCGUGGGGUUACUGUGAAAAGAGAUCGUCCCACGCCAGAAUUCAAGGUCAUUGAUCAGGACACGAUCCAAAUCGGAGACCAGGUCAUGACCAAGCCCUUUGUUGAGAAGCCUGUCUCGGGAGAGGACCACAACAUUCACAUAUACUACCACUCUUCGACGGGCGGUGGAACCAGACGUCUCUUCCGCAAGGUUGGCAACAAGUCGAGCGAAUACGAUCCAAAUAUGAACACUUGCAGGAUGGAAGGCUCAUAUAUCUACGAAGAGUUCAUGGAUGUCGACAACGCUGAGGAUGUCAAGGUGUACACUAUCGGUAAUCAUUUCGUGCAUGCUGAAACUAGAAAGUCCCCGGUCGUUGAUGGACUUGUGCGCAGGAACACGGACGGAAAGGAGAUUCGUUAUGUCACCCAGCUCACUCCCGAGGAGAAAAAGAUGGCGUCUGGCAUCUGCAAAGUGUUUGGUCAGCGCGUGUGUGGAUUUGACCUGCUUCGUGUGGGUGGCAAGUCGUAUGUGAUUGAUGUCAAUGGCUGGUCGUUCGUCAAGGGCAACAACUACUACUACAACAACUGCGCAAGCAUUCUUCAGGAAACCUUCCUCCGCAACGCCCACCAGAGAAAGCUCUCGGAAGUAGUCCUGCCCAAGGAGCUCAGCGCCGAAAACUCGUGGAGACUCAAGGCUUUUGUCUCGGUCUUCCGCCAUGCCGACCGGACACCCAAGCAAAAGAUGAAGUUCUCCUUCAGCUCUGCGCCCUUUAGGGAGCUUUUGAACGGAGGAGGUGAGGAGGUCAUCAUUCGACAGGCUAGAGAUCUCAAGUUGGUCUCUGCGGCGGCUGAGCAGGCUAUGGAGGAGGGUCUGGAGGAUACCAACAAAUUGAUGCUGUUGAGGAACAUUUUGGACAAGAAGUCGAACCUUCCUGGAACCAAGGUCCAAGUCAAGCCUUCCAUUACAAAGGAUGCCGAGGGUAAUUCCAAGUCCGUCAAGCUCAAGAUUAUCGUCAAGUGGGGAGGCGAGUUCACUCAUGCGGCAAAAUACCAAUCGAGGGACUUGGGCGACAACCUCCGCAAGGAUUUGAUGAUCAUGAACAAGAACGUUUUAGACGAUGUCAAGAUCUAUACAUCCUCCGAGCGUCGUGUGCGCGCCACCGCCGAGCUGUUUACCCAGCGCUUCCUGGGUAUCCGCGAGGUUCCUAGGGACUUGCUCUUGAUCCGCAAGGAGAUGCUAGAUGAUAGCAACGCCGCUAAGGAGAAGACGGACAUUGUCAAGAAAGAGCUCUGGGAGCUGUUGCAGCCGGAGUCGAAGGAGAUUGAGAAGUACUGGCCUAAGGGUCAGGCCGAUCCGGGCGAGUUGGUCCAGAGCAUGAUUGAGUCGAUGAAGACUCUGCGGGAUAUCAUGCGCAAGAAUUUCAGGCGGUUAGACCCAGCGACGAUUCAGAAGACUUGGUGCUGUUAUGAAAGUCCUGCAUUGUUCUUUGAGCGGUGGGAAAAGAUCUUUGGCGAGUUUGCGGAUGGUGACAGGACCGAGUUUGACCCCUCCAAGGUCUCGGAGCUGUAUGAUUCGUUGAAGUAUGAUGCAUUGCAUAAUCGAACAUUCUUGGAGACCAUCUUCGUGGACAAGGAAGCUGGCGUUGGGAUGGCGCCCAUGAAGGAUCUUUACUCGAAGGCCAAGAUUUUGUUUGAUUUCGUGGCCCCGCUCGAGUAUGGCAUCAAUGAGGAGGAUCGGCUGGAGAUUGGGCUUUUGACCAGUUUGCCGCUCCUCAAGCAGGUUGUUGAGGAUCUGGAAGCUGCCAAGAGGUCUGCAACUCCUUGCACUCGUCUCUACUUUACCAAGGAGUCGCAUGUUCAUACUCUGUUGAACAUUGUCUACUUGUCUGGCAUGCCCACCCGUAUUAGCAAGUCCGCGAUCCCAGAACUUGACUAUCUGACGCAGAUCACGUUCGAGUUGUACGAGAGAAGCGGGCCAGGUACACCCCUGAGUUCCCCAAUCGUCGGAUCCUCAUCCCCUUUAAUCACUGGCACCGAUAACCCUCUAUCUCCACACUCUCCAGAAUACUCCCUCCGCAUUGGCUUCUCCCCAGGCGCCGGAAACCCCAACAUCCUCGACCUCCAAAUGGACUCUAAGCACUGUCUCUCUGUCAUGCCACGUCGUAAUCUGACCGACCAUCUCCCCCUCGAUGCCGCACUGCGGUACUACAAGACUCAGGUCGGCAACCCGAAGUACAAGAGCGUCAACCGUCGGAUCCGAGAGAGCCGGAUGUUAGGGCAUAAGCUGGUUGUUGCGAAUGAAGGCGAAGAGGAGGUAGCGAUUAUUCAUGAUGAGGAGGCGCCGUUGAUGGCUGUUGGGUCCCCUGUGGGGACUAAUGGCCUCGAGUUGCAUUUUAUGGAUCGUGCUGUUAUCAACGAUGCUUCGACUUCGAAGGAGUAA